AUGGACCAUACCAAACCCUCAUCACCAGGGAAAGCCAGCUAUGCUGCACCAGCAUUGAGUCCAUCACUGAACUUUGACGAGAAGCCAGACAACCAGCCAUCGCUUGCCUCGUCGGAUUCAGUGCACAGCUCAGGUCUAAUGGCAGUAGACGAACAUCCACAACAGGAAAAACACGUGACCGAGUCCAGCAGCACCGAACAAUCAGGAGCAGACUUGGAACCAGUUCGCUCCGCCCACCCAAGCGUACGCGAUGUCUCCAAAAUCCCCAAUGGCGGUCUAUGGGCUUGGCUCCAGGUCCUCGGUGGCUUCUUCCUGCUCUUCAACUCGUGGGGCAUUAUCAACACAUUUGGCUCCUACCAGGCCUACUACGAAACAACACUCCUCCCAAACUCAAGCGCAUCGUCCAUCUCGUGGAUAGGCUCCAUCCAGGCUUUUCUUCUCAUGAUGGUCGGUGCCCUUACAGGCCCCAUCUACGAUGCUGGCUAUUUCCGCGAAUUGCUCCUUGUCGGCAGCUUCCUGCUUGUUUUCGGACAGAUGAUGCUGAGUCUCUGCCACGCAUACUGGCAGGUCCUUCUUGCUCAGGCUUUUUGCAUCGGUAUCGGAACAGGCUGUCUCUUUGUGCCCAGCGUGGCCAUUCUUUCCACCUACUUCAGUACAAAAAUUGGCACUGUUAUUGGCAUUGCUGCAUCCGGCUCUUCUUUUGGUGGUGUUAUAUACCCCAUUGUGUUUCACAAACUUCUCCCGCAAAUUGGAUUCGCCUGGACCACCAGAGUCCUCGGUUUCAUCAUCUUCGCCACCAUGGUCAUACCCAAUGUGUGCAUGCGCGUGCGCGUGUUGCCGGCGAAGACGCGCUCACUGCUUGACCUGCGUGCUUUCCUGAUUCCUGCAUACAGUCUGCAGGUUACGGGUUUCUUUCUGGGUUUCAUGGGUUUGUAUAUGCCAUUCUUUUUUGGACAGGUGUACGCGAUUCAAGAGCGAAUCACGAGUGAAGGGCUGGCGUUUUACUUGCUGGCUGUCAUGAACAGUACCAGUAUGUUUGGCCGAAUCCUUCCCAAUGUGUUGUCUGACAAGAUUGGGCCAAUCAAUGUUGUAAUCCCUUGCGCACUAAUUUCCGGUCUUCUCUGCAUUUGCUUCAUGGCCGUCUCUUCUUCAGCAGGUAUCAUCGUGAUGAUGGCAUUCUACGGCUUCUUCUCUGGUUCCUUCGUCAGCCUGCCCCCAACCAUUAUUGUACACCUCAGUGCCGACGCGCGAGACAAGAUCGGCACUAGAUUCGGCCAAAGCUUUGGCAUUGUAGCCAUAGGGUUGCUUGUCGGUACACCGAUUGGAGGUGCAAUCCAGGAACACGGCGGUUUCGACGAUUUGUGGAUAUAUGGAGGUUGUUUGCUGUUUAGUAGUGCGGCACUACUUACAUGUGCGCGGGUGGCCUUCAAGGGCUGGGGCCUCAUGGUUAAAGCUUGA